GUCAUCAACGGGCCGGCGGGAGGGGAGUGAAUGGGUCCUGCACGCAAAGCAGAAAAGCCCUGAAACUGCGGAGAUUUACUUUGGUUCAGUUGCAGCUCAGAUACAGCGAGGAGGAGAAGCUGAUGCUGAGAUGAAGCCGAGACCCUGAGCGCGCCUGGCAGCAGCGUAUCCACACCGGGACGCGGGGCGCAUCUCCACUCUAGACAGACGAGAGGUCUAUUUGGAGUUGUACGCAUGGAUUUAACAUCUCAAACUCCUUGUUAAUCCCUAAUUAAUAAUUCUUCUCAUCUUUUUUGACCCACACUGAUGUUUGCUUUCUUCUUGCGCACAACGGAUGACAUUGAAGCUUUUUGGUGCGCUUGGUUUUGUUGGAGGGAAUGUUCUUUAUCACAGCGAGGAUAACGGACCCCUGACUCAGUCUGGCACAUAUGUGGACCCUAUCCAGGAUGUUACAGUCUAAGUGGCCCAGGCAUCAUUGGGCCACCGUACACUACCAUCACCAAAUAUCACCACAUAGCUGGGAGUCUUGCUGUGUCUAGGAAUUAUCUGCACUCCGGACUCUGCCUCCGCGUGGGGAAGAAAACGGAAUCUUUUUCGACAAGUGUUUUGGUGAACAUUGACAUUAGCUUUAGGAGUCUCACCUCUGGGCUACUAUGCAAUUACAACUGAUCUCCUUUGUUUUGAUCAUCUUGCACUGCAUGGAUUACACUGGUUGUCAGCAGCACAGCAGCUCCAGGCACCGGCAGCAUAAACAGAUCCCUGGGGUGAGCUCAGGGUGCCAGCAGGGUGGCUGUCUGACCUGCUCCGACUACAAUGGCUGUCUGUCCUGCAAGCCGCGCUUCUUUAUGCAUUUGGAGAGGAUUGGGAUGAAGCAGAUCGGGGUGUGCAUGACUUCCUGUCCUCCGGGCUUUUAUGGCACCAGAUCCCCAGAGAGAAACACCUGCACAAAGUGCAGGUCGGAGUGCGACUCCUGCUUCAACAAGAACUUCUGCACGCGCUGCCGAGCAGGAUUCUACCUUCACCUGGGCAAGUGCCAGGAGAGCUGCCCCGAGGGCCUGGUCCGAAGCGACACACAGAGGGAGUGUGUUCCCAAAUGCCCUGCAGAGUGUGAGUCGUGUGUGAACGGUGAGACAUGUAUGCGGUGCCGGCCAGGCCUGUACCAGCUCAGUGGAAGGUGCCACCAUGUCUGUCCAGACGACUAUGAGCCCAAUGAUAAACUCAUGGAGUGCACACCACAAGUGCACUGCGAGGUGGGUGAGUGGAGCGAGUGGAGCCCUUGCUCUAGGUCUGGGAGAACCUGUGGCUUCAAGCGGGGACAGGAGACCCGCACGAGGCAGGUCCUGCAGUACCCAUCACCCUUUGGCCAACCCUGCCCCGAGAUCUCAGAGAUCAAAGAGUGCCUGGUGAAGAGGAGGAAAUGUCCAGGAGGACGGAGGAAGAAUGAGCGAAGAGAGCGGAGGAACCGCAACAACCGCAAAGACAAGGAGAACCAGGAGGGGCGGCGGGAGAGGAAGAGGGAGCGUGAGAGGGAGAGAGACACAGGAGAACGUGAAGACUCGGAUAACAGGAACAAAACAGAGCACAGGCACCGCAGAGGCCACGACACAGAGCCAGUCUCCCCUGACGACGGCCUUGUACAGUAGUCAGCUGGCCUCCCACCUUCCUCCUGUCAUCUCCACAUCCUACCUGCUCCAAAAGCUCCCCACCCUUACCCACCGUUCGCCCCCCACAGCCCCUCUCUGCAGGGGUGUUGCUGCUACCUGUAUGAUUUGAAAAUACUGUUUAUGCACAAGAGGGAUAGGGCAAAUUCAGCUACAAGGCCUGGGCCACUAUAGACUUUAAAAUGUCUUUUAUUUUCUACCCUGUAGUCUCAACUCCUUCCCUUUCUCCGUCAAGUGUCUCCUCUGUAAAGUGCAGGAGACACUGCUGAGACUGCUGCUGGGACUGAAGAUCAGCGAGAAAUUUCUGUAACUGUGUGGAGGACUGUCAGACAGACGGACAGAGAGACAUGUGCUUGUUGAUAUGGUUAUUUAAUGGGGCUCUGGUACAACAUUGCGCAUCUUGGUUGUUUUGAAUGUAGAUUUUGCAGCAUUAUGUAGAACAAUUGUUUGUUGUUGUUGUUUCUGUUCUUUAGAUUUCCUUCUUUGAUGCAGAAUUUGUAAAGUAAAAAAAAUAAAAAUGAGUUUUUGCAAUCUUGCCAUUUUGUGACAUCUUCACAAUCACUAAAACAUACAGAUGUAGGGGGUGCCUGCAUGCUGUGGAUUAAAGAAGUCAAAAACAACUAAAAACAUGUUCUGUAAGUCUUGGACAGAAGCUAAUUUUAUUCAAAUAAGUGAUCAGUCUAAUCUACUACUGGUUUUUCUUUUGUGUAAAUGGAUUGUGCUCUCAGUAAAGCUCCUUGACUAGGAACCAACAACACCUGUAUGUCAAAUAAAACUAUAAUGGGUUUGUA